UCGUCACGGUCCUAGAGUCGUGUCCCUUUUGUUUUCUUCGCGUAUCUCGCGAGAUUUGGUUCGAGGCUGCGCAUUUCUUGAGAAAAAAUUUACUACGAUAUGUGACGUCACUUUUUACUAUACAGCAGCCGACAAUGCGGUCAAAACAGGUAAUAUUUUUUAUUUUAAUUUUUAUCUUCAACUAUUUGCUAAGAUCACUUAAUACCAAAUAAAGUCACAAAUGAAAAUGGUCAAAUACACGUUUAAACCCAAAAUUUAAGAAUAUAACAGGGGUUGUCUCCUUUGUUGACAUCCAGUCAAUGAAAGUCAUGUGAUCUGAUUGGAAUGUUUAAGGCCAAACAAAGAUAAUUUUUAGUUACAAGAAGUAAAGUUCCUUAUAGCCUUUUUAUUUUGUUUUUGUGUUUUUGUUAGGUUAAUCCCACGUCAAAAAAGAAAACAUACAGGUUAUAUUCUCCAUCAGCUCUAACAAAUGCUUAUAGAAUGGUGAAAGAAAAUCAAAUGUCAGUGAAAAAGGCAUCAAAAAUAUUUCAAGUGCCAGACACCACUCUAAGAGAUAGAGUUCUUCAAAAAGUGGAUCCUGAGACAGCAGUUUUUGGGAAGAGCCCAGUGCUGGAAUGCUUUGAAGAGGCAAACCUAGUUCAACAUUUUAAGACGAUGGCAGCUUAUGGGUAUGGUUACACCCGACAGGAGUGUGUAAAUAUUGCAUCUGAGUAUGCUGUACACCUUGGGAAGAGAACUAUGGAUAAACCAUUUACCAUGAAAUGGAUGAGGGGGUUCCUUAAAAGAUGGCCAGAACUAAAAGUGUUAAAGCCAAGAGGGCUUGAACAUGCCCGAGCGAAGAUGGCAUCAAAAGAAACAGUUGCUGGGUACUUUAAGAAUCUUGAAAAAACCCUUUCAACACACAACAUGCAUGACAAGCCUCAUUUGAUUUACAAUGUAGAUGAAAAGGGCAUAUCAAUUGAUCACAAACCCCCUUCAGUUGUGAGUGAUUCAACAUACUGCCCACAGGCUGUCACAUCUGGUCGGGGGAAAACUAUUACCAUUCUUGGAGGAGGAAGUGCCAGUGGGGUUGCCAUACCACCAUUUUUUAUUUUCCCAGGGAAGCGGAUGAGACCAGAGUUAUUAAAUGGGGCAUCUCCUGGAACCAGUGGGACUGUGAGUGAAACAGGUUGGUCAAAUGGUGUUAUAUUCCGCGAAUAUUUAGAAAACCAUUUCUUGAAGUUUGUACCACGAAGUGACAAUCAAAAGGUUCUUUUACUUUUGGAUGGACAUCGCUCCCAUGUUUCUGUUGAUCUGAUAGAAUGGGCAAAAGAGCAGGGCAUAAUUAUCUUCAUUUUACCUGCACAUACUAGUCACAUCUUGCAGCCCAUGGAUGUCUCUUGCUAUGGUCCCUUGGAGAAAAUAUACAACAACCUGUGCCACAAAUUGAUGAGGGAGUCCUCUGCUACCAUUACCAGAUACAAUGUAUGUGAGGUUGCUGGCAAGGCAUACACUAGAGCACUUUCUCCAGAAAAUAUUCAGUCAGGAUUCAGGAAAUCAGGUAUCUACCCUUUGAAUCCUGAAGCGAUCAGAAUGGAAUAUCUGGCUCCAGCAGAGGUGUUUAAACAAAUUAGCCCUAUUACAAACACAACACCAAGUGAAAAGAAUACACAUGAAGAUGCGGAAAAUUUAGACAAUGAGGAAGAUAAUGGAGGUUUUGUAAUGGAAUUAGUGAACAAAGAGAAACACUUGAAGGAAAUAAAGAGUGAGCCAGUUACCAAGGAGAGAAAAACAUUGAGUAAGAUAGUGGCAGGGAAGGAAAUUUCUAAUGGAGUAAUUGAAAAAAUGGUGGAGCAUGAAAGAAAUCAGAAAGGAUCACAUGGGAAAAGAAAGUCAACUAGUGUGAAGAAAGCUGAACCUAAGAAGAAAAUUGUUUUUGUUGACGAGACUCAACAACCAGGACCAUCGGCUAUAAAUUUGAUUUCCGAUGAUGCCAUCAUUGAUUCAGACAGUGACACUGAGAACAUUGAUCCGUCAAAGCUUUGUUGCAUUUGUCACAGAUGGCAGCCAGAACAGAUCAGAAAUUGUGUUUCUUUAGUGUUUACUAAAUGGGCACAAUGUGACAGAUGCAACCACUGGGUUCAUUUAAUUUACUGCUCACCUGUCAGAUUUGUUAGGAGGAAUGACUCCUUCUUCUGUCCUCACUGUACAGAAGAGUGAUCAUAUUGUUUUAAUACAACUAUCCAAUAUUGCAUUGUUAAAUCUGUUGUCAAUUAUACUUUAUAAAUAGAACAUAUCAAUUCAAAAGAUGGAUUUACAUGUAUUAACUGUUAUCAAAUUUGUUCCAUUAUUUUUAUAGAUUUAUUGUGUUACUGUUUAUUUAAAUUAUUCAAUUUGUUAUAAUUAAAUAGAGUUUUAAAUAUUGUUAAAUGUAUUUUCAUAAUUUUUUAUACUGUGCAAUUCAUUGUUGUUAGUAUUGUCCAUUAUAAACGAAUGUUUAGAUUGCUUUGGCCUUAUAGUUUUGUUUAUAUCUGACGUCACGACUCUAGGACCAGGUUUCAAAAUGGCCGUCUCCGCUUCAUUGGUGCUUUCACUGCCCACUUAUUUAUUUAUGAAAUGAAAAAAAUAAUGAAAACAGUGUAAAGUUUUACGCAGAAAUAGAAGUGCUUUAGGUAUGUUAUAAAUAAUUUAGUGUCACAAUUUUAAUAAAGUGAUUAAAAUGACCGACAUUCUUAGGGUAACGACUCAUGGACCU